GUUUUGACAGGUCGCCAGGCCCUAGUCGGCCAUUUGUGAACGACGAGCUACAUUUACAAAAUCCCCAUUGGGCAUUGGUAUCAUUUCAUUCCGCUAAUUAAAACACAUUGUGCUGGUUGCCGAUGUUCUGCAGUGAGUUAUAGUUGAACUCGUUUCUAUUCUAUGUACUUGAAUUCAGAAGAAUAUUUAACGAUGUUCCUAAAUAGUAGGAUUAUUGGGUUAUUAUGACGAUAAAAUGAACUCGGAGUAAGUAAAAAUAAUUUCUACUACAGUGCCUAAGUACUUCCUACAAUGAUUAAUCUUUUGGGGCAAGGUUCUUUAAUAUUUUAUGUAAAUAAGUAUGUAUUGGUGUAAAGUGACGUAUAGUGCAUUAAGUGUUGUCAUCACGUGCAAGAACGUAGACGGAGAAUAGUUGUGAAGGUUUGAAUCGUCGUUACUUGAAUACAGAAUCGGUGGCUGUUACGACGUUCGUAAUAUAUUCGUAAGCGACUGAUGGCAAUUCGCACCAGUGUCUGAUAAGUGAAGUGUCAACAUGGGACCGAAACCUCCGCCGCCUCCAGGCCCUCCUCCUCCGCCUGGACCGCCACCUCCUCCUGUAUUCGGAGGUGGUUCGAAGGGUGGUGGUGCUGAUGACAGAAACGCUUUGUUGAGUUCUAUACGACAGGGAACAAAGUUGAAAAAGACUCAAACAGUGGACAAAAGUGGCCCUUAUAUACCGGGAAAAGUGUCAAAUGUGUCUAGUGGAGGAUCGCCAAGUGGAAGCAGUGCGCGGAGUGCUGCUCCUCUACAGAAUGGCGGGGGUGGCGCCCCGCCUGGCCUUGGCGGACUGUUUGCUGGAGGGAUGCCCAAACUGAGACCUACUGGAAAACUGGCAGGUUCCACACCAAAUGGCCAAGUCAAAAACGACGCGCCGCGGUUCCCGCCACCCCAACCUCACCAACCUCCACAAAGGUCUUCCCCAGACAAAGUACGACCGCCAUCAUCGACGAGCAACGUCGGGGCACUCUCAGCCGCAUUAUCGGAAGCUUUAGCAGGACGAGAUAGAGAAUCGAGAGAAGCUCAUAGAGAGGUCCCAAGAGAGCCCCCUGCGAGACCUGCUGUUCGGAGACAGCCGAGCGAUAUAAGGACGAGAGGACCUCCACCUCAACCGCCUAUACAAAAACCAGCGAUGCCAUUGAGUUCAUCAGAUUCCGUGCUGACGACUAACUCGGUGCUGGACCGCAUCAGUAAUCUUCAACAGCAGAACUCGGAACAAGUGAUCAAUGCUCAUGUCGCCUCCACACUGCAUAGGAAUAAGAGCUCGCUGCAUGCGACUGGACAGGGUGCAUUGGGUGGGAGUAUGACCUCCCUCUCAUCAUCAUCAUCACCGACUCCAGCGCCAGCAUCUUCACUCUCGACAUCAGAUCUCUGCGAUAGGCCUCGUGUAAGCCACGGCAAGCCGAACUUAGCACCCAAGCCUCCGCAGUUAGCCCCGGCCCCCAACAACGACACCAGGCCUUCGCCCCCGCCUAAGAAACUGAUCACUAACGGCAAGAUCGCUGGACGAACACAGAGUAUGAGGGUGCCUAGGUCUCCACCGGCAUCGCCGUCGUCUCCACAAACAGCUGGUGGCCGACCGUUCAACCUGCCACCAGCUCCCGUUAAUCCACCCAUUGGUACAAAGAACCCGGCUUCACAUUUCGGUACAUUACGAGCGCCCCGCGGUCUCCGGCCCCCUGGCGUUUGUCCGCCGCCACCGCCCGGGGCUCCACCGCCGCCCCCGGGUGCUCCGCCCCCGCCGCCGCCCGCGAGACACGCGCAGCAGCCGCCGCCGCCCCCGCCGCCGCACCACCGACAAACUAGUAUGAAUGGCGACGAGGGUGUAGCCCCGCUUCCACCGGUUCGUGGCUCGUCCAUGCGCUCCCUGGACCUGGAGGCUCGCUUCGCAGACCUGUUCCAACAUCCGUCGCGCUUCCCAGAGCCUGACCCCUUCCUGCGGAUCGCCAAAGGCUACAGCAGCGCCACCGUCGCCGUGAGCAAGGCGCAGGCGCCGCCGCCCCCGCUGUCCGUGCCGCUCGAGGGCUGGACGCGCACCUCCAGCGCCUGCUAGCGAGCCCGGGGGGCGUCCGCCCCCCCGCGCACUGCCUCGCCCGCCUCCGCCCCGCCCGACCUCGCCAAGCAGCCAACUCCUGUGGCGCAGCCCGCCCCGGCGCCGGCCCCAGCCCCCGCGGCGCCGGCG